AUGGGCAACUUGGCGCCAGAUACCGAAUUCCUAUCGCGGAGUGCGGCGGCCGACUUCGAGGCUCUGCCGGCUCGCUAUGGCUGGCCCACCCAGAACGAGCGAGGCUACAGAAUCAAGGAGCAGCUGUGCGGCAAAGAGCGGCCCCUGAGAGUGAUCGCGCUCGGCGCGGGUUGUGCGGGCAUCUGCCUCGCCAAGUUUCUGCCCGAGCAGCUGCGCAACGUCACUCUAACCAUCUAUGACAAGAACCCCGAGUAUGGUGGGACAUGGUAUGAGAACAGAUAUCCAGGAUGUGCAUGUGACAUUCCGUCCCACAUUUAUCAGUUCUCUUGGGCCAAGAACCCGCGCUGGUCUCAGUUCUACUCGGACGGCAAAGAGAUCCUCCAGUACUUCAAGGAUGUGGUUGAUCGGUUUAAUCUGGCCAAGUACAUCCACCUUAACCACAUGAUCACGGGUGCCUACUGGGACUCGGAACGGGGGCGCUGGGACAUCCACGUAAAAGAUGUCUUGAGCGGGUCCUCCUUUGUCGACAGCUGCGACGUCUUCAUCAAUUGCAGUGGCAUUUUGAACGCCUGGGACUGGCCCAAGAUCGAGGGACUCGACAGCUUCAAGGGAACACUUUGCCAUACUGCCAAUUACGACGAGAGUACCGAGCUCGAAGGCAAGAAGGUGGCCGUCAUUGGCCUUGGCAGCAGUGGCGUCCAGGUGAUCCCGAAUAUUCUCCCCAAAGUCCAGCAUCUGUACUGCUGGGUCCGAUCACCCACCUGGAUCACGGCUGGGUUCGCUCAGAAAUAUGCCGGUCCUAAUGGAGCAAACUUCAAAUAUACGGAGGAGCAGAAGAAACGCUUUGCUGAGCAUUCUGACGAGUACCUGGACUACUGCAAGAAGCUCGAGAGCGAGGUCAGCGAGAUGUUCAAGAACAUCCAGGUUGGGACUGCCGAAGCCGAGCAGGCGAAAGCGUUCUCUAUGGAGGAGAUGAGGAAAAAACUUGGCCACAGGACAGAUAUCAUGGAGAAGAUUAUCCCCACAAACUUCAACGUCGGAUGUCGGCGUCCUACGCCUGGUAGCGGCUUCCUUGAGGCGUUGACCUCGGAGAAGGUCACUACCUUUUUGGAUACGCUUCAGAAAGUCACACCCAAUGGGUUCUUGGAUCGCCAAGGCAAGGAGCACGAAGCAGACGUGAUUAUCUGCGCUACUGGAUUCGACACCUCAUGGGUGCCUCGUUUCCCCAUUGUGGCCCACGGCGUCAACGUGCAGGACAUGCAGGCUAAGCGUCCAACCUCUUACCUGUCGAUGGCAGUCCCCAACAUCCCCAACUACUUCACCAUCGGCGGCCCCUACUUCUCCUUCGGUCACGGCUCCUACACCACCAUGGUCGAGCUCUUCCUCCACAACAUCCUAGCCGUCGUGCGCAAGAUCCAGAAGGAGAACAUCAAGGCCGUCUCGCCGCGCCAGGACGCCACCGACGCCUUCGUCGAGCACGCCGACCUGUGGCUCAAGCGCACCGCCUGGGCGGGCCCUUGUCCGUCCUGGUUCAAGAACGGCAAGGCUGACGGCGUCUUGACCAUCUUCCCUGGGUCGCGCCUGGUUCUGGCUGACCUAGUCUCGGCCCCCCGCUUUGAGGACUAUGAUAUUGAGUAUUGGAGCUCCAAUAAGUUUGCCUUCCUGGGAAAUGGCUUCUCGACGAUCGAGUAUGACGGCAGUGAUAUGGCCUGGUACCUCGGCACGGCACAUGGUUUGCUUCCGUCGGGCCAGCCGGCUUCUACUCUGCCAGCGCCGUAGAUUACAGUGUAUAUUAUAGGUUACCUUGCGACGUCAUUAGCGAGUACUGAGAAAUGUCUGUGUAGCAUAGGCAAUCUUGGUCGGUUAGAAGGCAG